AUGGGAUCGUCAACACCUCUGAAAGUCGAGCCAACUACAGGUGGAUCGACAUCAACUUUCAUAUCAACUGCUGCGGAAUCUACAUCAACUGAAGAAACAAGAUUAACUUCUUCUGCUGAACCUCAACCAUCCACAACAUCCCCUACUACUUCCGACAUGCUCACUUCCGAAAAAUCCUCAACGUCCCAUCCAACUACCACCGAUUUCACAUCUUCCAUCAUGCCUGAAUAUUCUUCCUCAAAAGAUCCAAACAAUCAGAAACCAAGCCUACGACGAGCGAGACUCAGAAAUCGACAGAAGCUUCCGCAGCGACUUCUUCUCCGAAAGCAGAGAAUUCUUCAAAGAUCACUUCCACGGCAACGUUCACAACUUCUACUCAAUAAAUCUCAACAACCCCAUCAUCGACAAUCCCGACUCCGGAAACCUCAAAAACCAUUCCUCAAACGUCAAGUACGGAGAACCCAAGCUCAUCUACAACCACUUUGUCGAAACAGACAGUCUUCCACGACCUCCACUUUUACGAAGUCUAAAACUCCAAACCUUCAACAGUUUCCAAGCAGACCUCCACACCCAAAAACACCACCACCGACCCCCUCUGCUCCCAACAAUGUCCUGAUGUCAGCUCUGGCUUACUGUAAAACAAUUGAUCGACAAACGCUGGCUUCGCUGGACAAAAUCAAAGACAACUCGGAUAUCAAAUUGAUUCAAGAGAGUGCUGCACUUCAAAAUAUCGAUUGGAUUUAUGCGAAUGGAAUUGGAGCAAAAGAUGAGAGAUUUUUGAAGAAAGCGUCGGUCUACAGUAUUUACAACCAGUCACUCGUUAGCUCGCCAAUUGUGAAAACCAUUGGAAUAUCCCAGUUGUUCACGAAUAUCUCUGCGCUCUGUGUGAUGCCGCAAUACUGUAAUAUGAUGGAUUGUGAUGUGGAAAAGAUCUUCCAGGCCUACGAAUUCUACAACAACUUCAAACAGACGGCAGGAACUCUGGAACCCAGAAGAUCUGGUACUGUCACUUGCAUUUAUGGAAAUCAGAAGAGCACAACUGUCACUUGCAACACUCUUGGAGCAAUCUAUCCAAACCCAACGAACAUUGAUUGCGAGGAAUCAGCAACGGAGAGACAACUGAAGGAUACCACGAAUGAUCUUGUUUCCGAUUGUAAAGCCUGCUAUAAAAGAGGAACCAAAGAAUGUCAGAAAGUCAUGGACGAGACUAACCAGGAUGUGAAAGGCUAUCAAUGCAUUUGCAAAGAGCCUUACUCGAUGUCCACAUGUUGGAGGACCGUCAAUAACUGUAACUCGACAAUAUGUGGAGACCAUGGGACGUGUAUGAGUGAGAUGGGGCACAUGUGGUGUGAUUGCAAAUGGGGAUACACUGGAGACCAUUGUGAUGAGGCUCUGGAUGAGAAAUAUGAUGGUGACAUUGGCUUCUCGUCCGCUGUUGGAGCCACGAUCACGAUUGGCGAUGGAAUAUUCCGAUUUCUUAAAAUUUGUGUUAUGGGACUACUGAAAGGAGAUGGAGGAUUUGAUCCACAAUCCACGCACCAAACAUUCCGAUGGGUGUGCAUACUGUGUGCAAAUGCUCUCAUCACUCUCUACAGUAACCCAACUCUUCUCGCAAUUCCACUUAUUCAAUGCCGCUUCACUUUCAUUGCAAUCCAUUUCUUCUACGUUCAAGGUAACUACAUCAUAACUUAUAGCAACUCCAUUCUAAAAUUUUCAGCAAUGGUUCAAUGGCUACUAGAGGGAUUCAAUGUGAACCAAGUGCUUCGUUGUGUUCAUCUCAACGAAUGGGAGCGAGAUAUCCAUGGGAACAAAUCACUGGGUGUUCGGAUUUGGCCAAGAUUCAUUGUAUCAGUUUUUGGAGUAGCUUUUUUCGUGCGGAUUCCGUUCACAGCCGGAUGGAACAAACUGGCCGCUUCCUGGACGUGUGUUGGGGUCAUUUGUCAAGAAACACUUCAUGUUUGGUUUCCAAUCUUUUUUUGUCGUCGCCCACUUCUUGGCUUCCGACUAGAUUAUGAGAUUGAGAGAAGAGUAGGAUGGGAAGCUGGCAAGAUAUUUCAAAAAUGCCGGGACGAUGAGUUGAUGUGCUUUAUUGGUGUUAUUUUCCUCGUCGCUCAGUGGGUGUCUGUGAUCAUUUCAUCCCAUCACCGAGACGAGAAAUUUUAUGGAAUGAUCACCGUUGUCGUCUCUGGAAUCUACUUUGCCUUCUCCACCUACCAGGAGAUAAUGACGAACCCUGAGGUGAGCACCUUGAAAAAAAAAUGUUUUUCAAAAGUUGCAAAUGUUCAGGACCGUGCCAAUUUCUACACCCUUUUGCAACGAUUUUUGCCUUUCCGUGCCGCUCCAGCUUACAACCCAGAAACCACCUGGACGAUCGACGAGGUGAAAGAAUAUUUCAACACUCCCAAAAAGGAACGAGAAGAACAAUAUGAAGGAUUCAUCAAUCGAAAUCAGCAGCUAUUCAUUCAUCAUAAAUUGGACAUCAGGAUGAAUGAAUUUUUGGCCGAGGAUCCCAAAAUGACGAUUGAUGAGGCACUGAUCAAAGUCUUCACAGCAGAGAUGAAUGACUUGAAGAAAAACAAUGGAUCCGGAAGAGAGAAAUUGUAUAUCCAAGCCACAUUCGUUGCCUACUGUGACACCAUCCCGCAUUUCGAGCCAAGACCUACAGAAAAGCUUCAAUGUCCAAUCUGGAACUCGUCACCCGAAGGAGAAUGCUCAAAAACAUUGAGGAGGACAUCUUCAAACUGA